GUUAACUGGAAGUCUGGAAACUGGAACUUGACAUGCCUGCGUCCUGCCUCGUGAACCGACGAGAAGAUGGCUCAAUUUUCGAAUUGUCGUGGGUUUGAGAAGAGCAACCCAUGAUAUCUACGAUACCUCAGCGCCGCCAGAGCGGCGGCGUGGUUCCGAUGUCACGGCAUUGGUAUGUUUUUGAAUGAGUCGCACUUUGUCCACAACCUACAUCAUGUACGAGCUUUGACAUUCUCUUUGCAGAGCUCUUUGUGACGCGCAAUUCAUGAUAAUUCACACGUACAUAUACGUAAGGUUUCUGAAGCGAAGAUACGUCGGCAGGACAUUACCUUCUUCGCAUCGGGAGCAACAUUCGACAGGCACAUGUCCUUUGCAAGUGAUCUGCGUCUGUUUGCUCCAUCUAUCUCUCCUCUUCCUCCCACACCUUGCUCACUGCAAGCAGCACAACUUGCUUUCAUUCAGGGUGACAGUUGAUGAUGGACGCAUUGCUCUACAGUUCUUUACUCGGCCUUGUUGUUUGGAUUACUGUCGCUUUUCUACGGAAGCAACGUGAUAAUCCGAAGAGACUUCCCUUACCUCCUGGCCCUUCCAAGCGCCCAGUGAUAGAAAUACGGUAAUUGCGUUUAAUACACCGAUGUCCUUGAAGUUAACUUGCACUGUCCGAACCUGCAAGGUGAUAUCAUUCAUCUGAAGGUCCUUAAUCAACACACUAUCAUCAUUUCUUCGAUGGAAGCAGCUUCUGACUUGUUUGACAAACGAUCUGCGAUCUAUUCAGACCGAUUCCAGUCUGUCAUGCUUACUGAACUGAUGGACAUGGGUUGGUCAUUUGGUUUGAUGGACUACGGCGACAUGUGGCGCAAGAUUCGCAAGAUUUUUCAUCAAUACUACAGUGCGAGUACCAUUCGACAGUACGAUGGUCUUCAGUUGGAGAAUGUCCGCGUAUUCCUUAAACGGCUCCAUGCCACCCCCGAGAAGUUCUUUGACCAUUCACGAUUCGUAUUCGCGGCUCUAUUGAUGAACGUGACCUACGGUAUGCACAUAGAAGACGAGCACAACGAACACCUCGUUGAAGCUGAAAAGUGGCAACAUGGGUUCAAUCAGGCCAUACAACCGGGCAGAUUCUGGGUGGACUAUCUUCCUAUUUUGAAGUAUAUUCCAGCAUGGAUGCCUCGCGCCAACUUCAAGAGGCUCGCUUUACAAUGGCGCCAAAACAUGUAUCAUGCCCGUGACCGUCCGUUUGACGGAGCGAAGGCCGACUUGAUAAUAGGUACUGCCACGCCUUCGAUAGUUACAGAGGCCCUUGAGAGUAUCGCAGAUAGUCCAGACAAAGCCGAGCAAGAGUUACUUACCCGAUACAGUUUGGGCGCGGCGUUUGGUGCGGGAGUUGACACUAGCGCUCCGACUCUUCAAUUGUUCUUCUAUGCAAUGCUCACGUACCCAGAGAUUCAGACGAAGGCUCAUGCAGAGCUGGAUAGGGUCGUAGGUCCUUCCAGGCUUCCCACCAUGGAUGAUAGACCCAAUCUUCCCUAUGUGGAAGCGAUACUGAAGGAAGUACUGAGAUGGAAACCGGUCACUCCAUUAGCCCUUCCUCAUUACACUGCAACGAGUGACGAAUAUCGAGGUUACUAUAUUCCCAAGGGAUCCAUUGUUCUCGGUGUGAGUGAAAUCUUCAUUGACUGUUUGUCAUUCACUACUUGUACUGAACAUAUUCAAGAAUGCCUGGCGAGUUUACGUUUCGUCUUUGUCAUUUCUCUAGAAUUCGCAUUGAUUAUCCCAAACAGGGAAAUGCUGCACGAUCCUGUGGAGUAUCCUUGUCCUGACCAGUUUCGACCUCAGAGGUUCCUUAAUCCAGAUGGAAGUUUGAACCCAGAUGUUCCUGAUCCAAGUGUAGCCUGCUUUGGCUUUGGACGAAGGAUAUGUCCUGGUCGCUUUCUGUCUUUGAACUCGUUAUUCAGCGCUAUUGCUGCCGUUCUGCACACGUUCACCAUCACACCAGCAUUGGAUCAAAACGGCAAGCCAGUUGAGGUAGAACUACGUAUGCAGUCAGGCAUGAUACCCCAUCCAGAGCCAUUCCCCUGUUCGAUUCAACCUCGCUCUCUGGCUGCAGAGGCUCUGGUGACCAACUAACCGUUUAUCGUUACCCGGAUAUCGGUCCCAUUUUUGACCUUUCCCCGCUUUCCCUAUUGCCGCAUAUGGCGUGCACUGAACGAAUAACCUUGACUAUCGAAAGACUACUACCCAAAAGACUAAAAUAAGUGUCUACGUGCCAAUCUGACAUGGUGUUGAUACCAAGGAGUGCUGAUCAUUCCACGGUCUGUAUCUCUUUGUCUGUAUUAAAGCUGCGACCGUUUUCUUCCGCCUGCUUCUCAUGUAUCAUUUCUGUAUCACCGAACUCACACAAACUAUUGGAUCACAAGAUUAAUAAGGAGAAGCGACCGUACACAAUUCAACAGACGUACGCCUUAGUCAGGAUGACAGGCAGGGCUAAAAGCGAAGGAGACGCGACUUAAACAUAUGAUACUAAUGGGACUAUGUAAGCCAGGAGAAAAAACUUACUUAAAGCAACAGCUUCGGCCAAGCUUACACAAACGACAAGGCUCGCAAAACUCUUGUCAAAGCUUUGCUGGAAAGUAAUGAUGAUGUCAGCAAACGGUAGCAUCAAGGGUUGUUAGAUUGACGACUCACAGCACAGACUACAGCUAUGGUUGUAGCGAUACACCUGAAUUCAAAGAC